AAUGUCAUCACUGACUGAGAAGGUACUGAGUCCGGAGGUGGGUGGAAUUAGCUUUAGCUCAUUGUGACUGUGUAGUACUUUAUCUAUUUUUAACAGCGCAGGUGUCUUCAGCCCGUAUUUUGUGAAUAAAUCUUCUCAUCUUCCACAUCAACAUGAGUGACCCGUGGCAGGAGUGCAUGGAUUAUUGUGUGGAUGUCACCAAAAAGGCUGGGGAGAUGAUCCGUGAUGCGCUCCAGAGGGACAUGGCCGUCAUGCAGAAGAGCUCGCCGGUUGACCUGGUGACCGAGACGGACCAGAAAGUGGAGCAGCUCAUUAUAUCUUCCAUCAAGGAAAAGUAUCCCACACACAGCGUCAUAGGUGAGGAGUCGGUAGCAGCAGGCGCCCCCAGCGCUCUCACCGACAACCCCACCUGGAUCAUCGACCCCAUCGACGGCACCACCAACUUUGUCCACAGGUUCCCGUUUGUCUCCGUAUCAAUCGGCUUCACAGUGAAGAAAGAGAUAGAGUUUGGGAUCGUCUACAGCUGCAUCGAGGACAAAAUGUACACAGCACGGAAAGGAAAGGGAGCCUUCUGCAACGGAUCUCCUAUCAAAGUGUCUGGACAAGAGGAUAUCAGCCAGUCUCUGGUGCUGACAGAAAUGGGCUUCAAGAAAGAUCCUGAGCAGUUCAAAACAAUGCUGGCCAACAUCAGGACCAUCCUCACCAUCCCUGUACAUGGAAUCCGCUCCCCGGGCAGUGCAGCUGUCAAUAUGUGUCUGGUAGCGUGCGGCUCGGCUGAUGCCUACUACCACAUGGGCAUCCACUGCUGGGACAUGGCCGGAGGGGCAGCGGUUGUUACCGAAGCCGGCGGAGUAAUCAUGGACAUUUCAGGUGGGCCAUUUGAUCUGAUGUCUCGCAGGCUCAUCGUGGCCAGCAGCAGGGUGAUAGCAGAACGCAUCGCCAAGGAGAUAACAGAGUUUCAGGUCGGCAGGGACGACACCGAGUAAACUUCAGCCAAUUUAAGUCACGUAAACACACUCAGCUGUUUCCUAUGUAACAGGUCUCAAGUUCAUCUUUGCCUUAAGAACCAAAACGAUACAACUUACCUCUGAGGAGCAUCUGAGUGUGAAACAAUCAAAACUUUCAGCCUUCUUUCUGCUUCCUUUGUACGUCACUGUUGUAUUCCAGCACUGAUCCAUUCGUUCUUUUGUGUUGUAAUUGAUGAGGUGAAAUACUUAUUACACUUGUGUUUACAGUGUUGUUUUUAGCCACUUCGUGUUAUUUAUAUUUAUUGACGUGAAGGAUGCAGCCAGAACAGGAUAAAGGAACGUCACAGAUGAAAUACCUCAACACAGCAUCAUGAAAGCUACUUUAGAAUCACAGUGUGCAAGUUUUGACCAAUAAUUUUGCGUUUCCAUUUAGGAUUUGUUGUUGUUCAGUUACAUGUUUUUAAACAUGUGCUUAUACAUUUGGUGAAUUCUUGAAUUUAGUGUCAUGACUGGUUUUGCACUAUACUUAAAGCAAGUGUAUAUACACCAGUAGCUGUGUACAUAGAAGUACUGUAUUGUAGAAUGGCUUAUUUAGCAAAUACGAAGUGAAAUACACUGAAAUCUUAAGUGUGAAACUUUUGUCCCCCACUUUUUGGCAGUGAGAACACACAAACACUGACAUGAGCUUGUUAUAUAAAUGUUAGAGCUACACUGCACACAUAAAAUAUUUUACAAACCGUCCAAGCAGCAAGACAACGUCCACAUCCACCUUAAAUCCAUGUUCUUCUUCACACCAAUCAUAGUCCGUGUUUGUCUUCACCAUCAGUCCAUUUCUUUUUACACCGUAGUGCUGACUUUCUUUUUUAACUCCAGCAUCUUAAACCUUUCUUGGAUGCUUUCUGUUUUUUUUUUUUUUUUCUUUCCCCCACCAUAAGCUCCACUGUACUCUCAGCUGCUGUCACCUCAUCCAUCUUCAUCGCUACAGUUGCUCCCUUCUUCAGCUCUUGCAAACCGAUCAUUGCCAAGAGUGUCCCCACAGACACCGGGUAUAAAACUCCAGUACCCAGCACAAAACACAGAGAUCUGCCUAGCCCCUCCUUUUGGAAUGUAAAAGUCCCACACUCCAGCUUCAAACAUGUGUUGAGUGUGCUUGUUUUGUGUUUUUGUAAGUAUGUAAUAAAGACCGCAAAAAAAACAAAACACCAUAAAUAUCUCUUACUCAUGGCCAGCCUCUUUUUAAAACUGAUAAAAUCCUGCUGUUGAAGCCCUGCAGAGUCUGGCGUCGGCAUGCAUGCACAUGUUGUAAACGGAAGGCAAUAAUUGGCAAGGAUGUCUGCAGAAUACCUUGGCAACAGAGCACAUUUCAGUACCCAUAUGGGAGUUCAGUGUCAUGACUUGUCCCCUGUGAACUGUGAGAAUACACUUAUAAAACAUGAAUGCGCAUUAAAAUCUGUCACUCUGGUA